AUGGGUGGCAUGAUUAUUACAGGAUUCGAACGAGGCAACCCGAUGAACGUCCUGGUACGAGGGCAGUUGUGUCUACCGUACCGCGGCUUGCGAUCAGACACUACCAUCUACGAUUCUAACGGGAAACCAGUGGAUUUGGCGAGGGACCAGCUGGUCGAAAAGCUCUACAACGACUGUCUCGAUCGUGUCAGCGAAUUCAAGUUCAAGUCCCAACCAUCGAAACUCAUUGAAGGUAAUAGGGACUUGAUCAACGAGGGUCGAGAUGCUGUCAGUGACGGCCACAGAACCAUCCAGCAGACCGAAGAAGCCGCGGCGGCUCUACCUCACGCACCGCCCGUCUCGCAGCAGAAUGUGCCGGAGCGUGUCAACUUAGUGCCCGUCUCUUCUGACAAGCUAACAGGGCGCGUCCAUAUGCAACCGGGGACGCCGGGGAUCCUCAAGGCGGGAGAGAAGGCCAAACUCAUGGGAUGGACCCUGAAGAACGGAUCGACCAAUGAUUCCAACGUCGAGCUUAGCGAUGCUACGAACUUACCCGAUGCGACACUGGGCUCGGUAUUCGAUGAGGCCGUCACUCAGUAUCGCAACAUCGUCGACCUGACGGCUCAAGACCAUCGCCUCGUCAAUUGGCAUGUCGCCAACUUGGAGUACAGCAACGCCACGAACAUGUACAAUCUUAGCUUGGGCGGCUGGGAUAUUGACGCAGGUAACGAGUGGGAAGGCAAACACACUAUGAUUGUGGGCGGGUAUCAAAGUGUGCCGAGGGGCCUAUUGCAUUGCCCUACACCUCUGGACGUGCGAACAAAGUCUGCCGUUAAGAAGAUCACCUAUGAUACCCAAGAAAAUGGCCGGGCUACUGUUGAGUGCGAUGAUGGAACAACUAUCGAGGCCGAUUACGUUGUCUCGACGAUCCCGCUCGGCGUAUUGAAACAGGGCAACAUUCAAUUCGACCCGCCCUUGCCAGAGUGGAAGACAGAUGCCAUUGACAGAAUUGGAUACGGAGUCCUCAACAAGGUGGUUCUGGUUUACGACGAACCCUUCUGGGAUACUGAGAGGCACAUCUUCGGGGUGUUGCGAGACGCACCAAACCGCCACAGUCUCAACCAGAUGGACUACAUUUCGCGGCGAGGACGCAUGUUCCAGUGGUUCAACGUCACCCAGACUACGGGUCUGCCGUGUCUUGUCGCCCUGAUGGCAGGCGAUGCCGGUUUCGACACGGAGUACAACAGUAAUGAUAGUCUCGUCGCCGAGGCCACGGAGGUUUUACGGAGCGUUUUCGGCUCUAAGGUGCCGUUCCCUGUCGAAGCGAUCGUUACGAGAUGGUCAGCCGAUAAGUUUGCCAGGGGAAGCUAUUCCUCUGCCGGGCCAGAUAUGCAGCCCGGAGACUAUGAUGCGAUGGCCCGCCCCAUCGGCAACUUGUUCUUUGCCGGAGAGCAUACAAUAGGAACGCACCCAGCUACCGUUCACGGAGCAUAUCUGUCAGGACUGCGCGCCGCAUCGGAGGUCUUGGACUCGAUGCUUGGCCCCAUUGAUAUCCCGACUCCCUUGGUUCUUACCAAAGAAAGCGCCUCAAACAAGCGCAAGGAGAUGGAAGGGCCCAAGGAUCCCGAGCAGGCACAUUUGGAGGCUUACGAAAUAGCACUAUGGGAACACAUCAAAUCCAAAAUCGGCGAGGCACCUGCCGAGCCGCCAAAGGCCAAAGGCAGCGCAUUCAACCUGUGGAGCAGAGCCUUCUUCGAAGUCGCCCGACAGAAAUGUGAAGAAGAGCGCGCGCAUAGAAAGAGCUCCAAACCCAACGAGGUGCGCGUCAUGCUAUCCAAGAUGUGGAGGACGGCCACGCCCGAGGAGAAGAAGCCAUUUGAAGAUCAGGCCGUCGAGCUGAAGGCUGCGCAUGCCGAGGCCGUCAAGGUCUACGACGAGAAACUGGCGCAGUGGAGUAAGGAUUAUGCUCAGCUCAACGCGGCCUACCGCGAAGAGCGUCCGUACGUCCCCUUGAAGGACGAAACGGGGGGGACGGGUACUCCCAAGGAUGGCAGCGCCAACAAGCACCGCCGGACCAAACACGUCAGCUAUGCCGAAAGCGACGGUAGCGACGUCGAAUUUUGA